CAAAUUAGUCCCUCCCGCCGCGUUUCAGACUUUUCAGUCACUUGCGAGUCGCCACUUCGCUUCAGGCCAAGCCCAACUGCCCAAGUCGUACGCUCCUCCCGUGCAGCCCCGUUCUGCGCGACCUUGCCUUCCGCUUCCGCCGCCGCCGCCGCCGCCGCCGUCCUAUAGCCGACGGAGUCAUCUCUCCUCUGUUAGCCUUUCCUCUAAGGCGCGCCUCCUCUUGAGCAGCUUAGAUUCCUCACCCCUAGCGGGCGAAUUGAGGAAAAGCCAAUUGCCAGAAAGUUGAUCAAAACCGAUCCUUGCAUCAUCUGAUCUUGAUCGGAUAUGGAAGAAAAUGAGCAAGUGUCUCCGCAGAUGGCCUGUCCUGUGGAAACUGUUAAUGCGAAGUACAUUGCAAAAAUUAGUACUAUUCUUGUUGCCACAAUCCAGGAAGCAAAAGACCGAUUAUCUCAGAUAGAAUAUAUAUUCUGCAGUCAACUUUUCCCAAAUUUCCAGUCAGUCUCUAAAAGACUGCAGGAAAUUUAUAUGGAAGCUAAGGACGAUGCUGAAACUGCGUGGAAACAAAAGGAAAAUGACCUUUUACUCCAAUUAGAAAAGAUCCAGGUCAUGAAGCAACAUAUUCUUGAAGAAAAUCUGUUUCUGAAGUCGGAGAACGCAAAACUAUCAGAUGGUGAUUUUAUUUGGAAAAAGCAUUUCGAAGAGCUUCAAGAAAAGAUAGAUCACAGAAGUGAUGAGCUAAACAAGUUAAGAGCAGAAAAUGAAGAGUUAGGUAAGCACUGUGAAUCAAAAGAUGCCCUGAUCCGCAAAUAUGAGGGAAUGCAAAGAGAUCUUGUCCAAAAAAAUGUCCUUCUAUCAAAGACACAACAACAUCUGGAGCUUGAAGUCCAGGGAUUACAGAAUGAACUCAAGAAAAAAUCAAGAGAAAUUGAUGGAGAUUUGGAAUUGCAACACAAGCUAGUCCAGAUGGCUCAAGAGAAAACUUCAUCUGUGGCAUACAAAGAAAGGCAACUGAAGAAAUAUGAAGAGAAAAUACAAAUGCUUCUUGCUGAACUUGAAGAAGCACAAGGAAAGAUUGGGAAGCUUCAACAUGAAUUGACAGAAAAGAACACUGUGAUAGAAAAAGCAUCAGAGGUACAAGAAAAUUUACUAAAAAAGGUUCAAUCCAAGGACCUGGAGAAUGAACAAAUGUUGUGUAAAUUUCAGGGUGAGAAAGAACUUCUUAUGGAAAAAGUAAAGAAUGUGGAAAUUCAUGCUCAUGAGCUUCAGGUAGAAGUCAUGAAGAAAAAUAUUGAAGUGGAGGAGGGAAGGAAAUUACAAGAACAGUUGCUAAAACAGGUUGAUUUAUACUGUCAAGAAAGAUCAAAGACAGGGAAGAAGUUAGAAGAGCUUGAGAAGGUGAAGAAGCAUCUACUUGCCAAACUGAAAGGCGUUAAAGGAAGAACUGAAGAGCUCCAAGCAAAUCUUCAAGUGAGAAGUGAUGAAUCUUCUGAUGGAUUGGAGUUACAAGGGGAGCUACUUCAGAAAAUUAAAGCAAAAGACUCGGAGCUGUUGUCAGCAAAGAGAAAAAUGAAGGAUAUAAGUACUGCUUAUAAGAGUUUGAAAUCUCAGUACAAUUUCCUAUGUGCAAAAGUAGGUCUUACACCAGAAAAUGUGAGAACCAAAAUAAAACCUGAUGACGAAAGUGAAUUGAGGCAUAACCAAAGUCCUCUGAUUAAAAAUGAUGUGGAGACUGAUGUACCAAAAGCUAUGAGCAUUUCCUGUGAAGAGGCAAAGCGAAUUAAUAUCCUUGAAAACCCAGGAAAUACUGGAGUUGUUAAAUCAGCUCAAAGAUCAAGUUCUAUAUCACCCCUUGAUGAUGCAAACAUUUCUAUUGCCUCUAAAGAGCGCCCGCACAUGAAGUCUUGCCUACCAGCUGGCACAAAACGUCGUGGAUCUUAUUGGAGAGAUACUAGGUCCCAUCAAAGCCGAGUUGGACCAGAUCCUCAUGAUGAUUUUCUCGAUACACCCUUGGAGAAUGUUAGAAGAAAUCAAGGAAACGCCACGAAGGAUGGUAUCUCAAAUCUUCCAAGGGAAGUUCCUGCAGUCAGAGAUUCUGAAAACUCAGACGAUGAAACACAGGACAUGAAUAUUGAUCAGAAGCAACAAGUUCCGUAUUUAAGGCCUGAUACUUCAGUGGUAAAAUACAUAGAACCUGUAAGGAAAAAAUCGGAAAGGGAAAAUUUGAAAGGAAUUGAAUGUAAGCAGUGCAAAAAGUUCUACGAUGCUGUGCUUCCAUCUGAAGAUAAGAAUUUCAGUGCAAAUACACACAACUUACGCUGUGAGCAUCAUGAUGGGGUAUCUAGGCAUCGAUUUCAGUACGUCCCUCCUUCAACUCCAGAAGGGUUCUGGAACUUGGGAUUUGAUUCGGAAACGUAACUUUUACUAGUUUGGAGAUCCCGUUUAAUUUCUGAAUGUUGUAACUGUGCGAUUAAAGCUGGAGGAAAAAUCAUGUUAUUUUUGAAGAUGUUUAGCUUUGCAAUUUUUUAUUUCACGUUGCUGUAUCUUCAUUGACUAUAUAUAUUGAUCUACAUUCAAAGUUUUUUCUGUAAAUAAAAGAGAGCAUUCAUGUGUAUACUAAAAUAUCUACUUUUGCAUUUCA